UAAAAAUCCAACCUUUUCCUCAAAUCCUCUGCUUCGCGUUUUUCUUCCGCAUUGACUUUACCAAUCUCAACUUUCUCCGGGAUCGCAGAUUUAUCUUCGUUUCAACCAUGACUCGUGGAAGUCAGAGAGAGCGUGACCGUGAAAGAGCCGCGGCUCGUGCUGGAGGAAAGGGUAAGAAUGCUGAAGAUGGUCUGACUCCGGAGCAACGUCGUGAAAGAGAUGGAAAAGCAUUGCAAGAGAAGGCAGCUAAGAAAGCUGCUCAAGCUGCAGCUGCAAGUUCUGGUGGUGGAGCUGGAAGUAAAGGAGCUGCUAAGAAGUGAUGAUUGAUCAUUUGGUUUGUCUUUUGAGCAUAUUGUAGACUUUAUGUUUGAGAUUGGGUUGUUUAGACUUGAGCUUUGACUCUUGUCUGAAUCCUAUUAUACUGUCUUUGUGUUGAAAUUGCAAUUUGAUGCUUAUGAUGAUAUUAUUGUUACUCUUGAGUUUAUGUUUCAUUCUUUCUCUCGGAA